AUGGCGCUGUGCGGCCGCUCCGCGCUCCUCCCGCCGCCCCCGCGCCACCGCGCCCGGCCCCGCAACCCCGCCGCCUCCGUCAGCUGCAGCCGCCUCCGAAACAUUCAGAGUAUCCUGACACAGAGCAGCAAAUCCCAGCCUGAUGGAAUCCUCUGCAUUUUAGGGAUCGACAGUCGAUACAACGAAGGCUGCAGGGAGCUGGCAAACUACCUUCUCUUUGGCUUGUACAACCAGAGCAACAAUGACUUUGAGAGGACAGGCUUUCCUGAGGAGGUGCUUGAUGAUAUAAUCAUAUUAAUCAAACCUGACAGUGUUCAUCUGUACUGCAACCCUGUGAAUUAUAACCAGCUCCUGCCCUAUGUGGCUCACUGGAGGAACCUGCAUUUUCACUGUCUCACUGAAAAUGAGUAUGAAGACGAAGAAGCCGCUGAGGAAUUCAAGAUCUCCAGCUUUGUGGACAUGGUCCGGGACUGCAGCCGGAUCGGGAUUCCCUACAGCUGCCAGGGUCACCUGCAGAUAUUUGACAUGUUCAUCGUGGAGAAGUGGCCGAUCGUUCAGGCCUUUGCUCUGGAGGGGAUCGGGGGCGACGGCUUCUUCACCAUGAAAUACGAGUUGAUGGAUGUCAGCGUUGAUUUGUGGAAGACCUACAGCAAAAUGGAUCCUGUUUCCUUGGAGGAUUUGCUCUUUGAGGAUUUAAUGAUUUUUGAACGCCAGUGGACCAACUUUUUUGCUAAUUUUGACACCGAAAUUCCCUUCAUUCUGGAGCUCUCGGAAUCCCAGGCAGGGGAGCCCUUCAGAAGUUAUUUCAGCCAUGGCAUGAUCUCAAGCCACAUAACAGAUAACAGCCCCAGCCGGCAGCCCUUUGUCCUGUUUGGCAGCCACUCCACCAAGGAAAACCUGAACUCUGGUAACUUUAAUUUUCCAUCAGAAGGACACCUUGUUCGAAACACUGGCCUUGGUGGGAGCACUGCCAAGCACAUGGUAGUGCAGUGUGUGUCUCCCAAGGGACCUCUGGCUUGUUCAAGGACCUAUUUUUUUGGGACCAGUCACGUUCCUUUCCUGGGAAACGACAACGAGGUGCACAAGGAAGCUGAUCAAGUUGCUCUGUUGUCGCAAAUCUAUUCUGCUGUUGUAGAGGCUGUGCUUGCUGGCAUUGAGUGCUAUGCUAAAACUUCCACUGAAUCCAAGGCAAAGGAGGUGGCAGAGCAGGUGCUCAUGGCUGUGUUAGACACCCUUUGCUUGACACAGCUCAAAUCUGCUUUACGCUCCAAAAUUGCUUUUCAAAUUCAGGCUGUGAACAAUCAUGGAAGAAUUACCCCGUUAGAUAACGAGGACAGCCUGAGUUUGAUCAAAACGGCGUCCAUGAUGGUGUUUGACAUUCCCGACUUGCUCACGGGAAGAGGAUGUUUGGGAUCUGUUGUGUUUUCAGAGUCCUUUCUGACAUCACAGAUACAAGUCAAAGAAAAAGAUGGCAGCAUUACUCCAGAAACCAGCCACGUUGUCCUGACUGCAGGAAUCCCGAGGUUCACGUCCUGGCUGGUUGAAGACAGUGAUGUGAAACUCUCUGAAAAGGCACAGCACGUGUUGAAGGAGGAUAAAUCUUUCCUGGGCACUUUACUCACUGGAGGGGAUGGAGUGUAUCUUUGUUCCAGCAAUCCACAGGCCAUGCCUGCAGAAGGUAAACUGUACUUCUUUUCUGAUGGCAUCCUCUUUGCUCAUCCCCACCACGGCAGCAUUUCCAUUUCCAAGAGCCACAUGAGUUCCAUCUCCCUCUAUGAUGGGGAUUCGAACAGUGUUGUUGCUGCUCUCUUCAUAGACUUCAAAAGUUCCCUGCUUCCUCACCUCCCAGUUGAAUUCCAUACCCAGAACAACUUUCUGAUGAUUGCACUUUUCCCCAAAAGAAAGAUUUAUAAAGCUUUUUACUCACAGGUUUUCUCCUCGUGGCAAAACCAGACAAGCUCAGGAUUAUCUUUAAGGGUUGUCCAGGAAGAAUUCCUGUCUGUGGAACAAAAGAGAAUGCAUUCCAGUGUUCAGAAGCUCUUCAAUGCCUUGUCUUUUCCUUCUGGGGAAAGAUGCAGGGAGCUGAAAUUAUCCUCUGCCCUUCCAGAAUUGGAGAGGUUUGUGAGACAUUUCACCAUCAGCAGCGUCAGCAACAAGCCAGUGGUGAGGGCACAUCUCCCUGUUUUGUUGCAACAGUCAGAAACCACUCCUGAGAGCAAAGCAGAGAGUGAGAAGGUGAUCAUCACCAUCCUCACUGGGCUCCCAGGGUGUCGUUCCAGUGAUCUCUGUGCUUUCCUCGUCACCUUUACCAAGGAGUAUGGAAGGUGGAUUGUUUAUAGGCAAACCAUGGAUAGUCCAGAAUGUUUCAGUGCCACCCACUUCCAGAGGUACCUGUCCGGGGUCCUGGAGGCUCAGCAGAACCUGGGGGGCCGUCAGUCCAUGUUCUCCAAAAAGAACAGGAGGCUCCUGGUGGUCCUGCAGGGAUACACUGACGUUAUUGAUGUUGUACAAGCUCUGCAGACUCACCCUGACCCAGAUGUGAAAUCUUCCUUCCUCAUUGGAGCAGUGAACACCUGUGUGGAGCCCCUGAGCUGCUACAUGGAGCACAGGCUUCUUUUUCCCAAGUUCUUGGACCAGUGUUCCCAAGGACUAGUGAGUAAUGUGGUUUUCACAAGUCAUGCUACAGAGCAGAGACAUCCCCUCCUUGUGCAGCUGCAGAGCCUGAUCCGAGCAGCAAAUCCUGCUGUUUCCUUCAUCCUGGCAGAGAAUGGAAUUGUGACAAGGAACGAGGAUAUUGAAUUAAUUCUCUCAGAAAGCAGUUUUUCAAGUCCUCAGAUGAUGAGAGCCCGAUAUUUAAUGUACCCUGGCUGGUACGAAGGCAAGUACGGGGCCGGGCCCGUGUUCCCCCCCAUGGUGCAGAUCUGUGUGUGGUUCAGCCGCCCCCUGGAGAAGACCCGAUUCGUGGCCAAAUGCAAAGCCAUUAAGUCGUUGCUCAAGCCAAGCCCCUUUUCUGGGAACAUUUAUCACAUCAUGGGCAAAGUGAAGUUUUCAGACUCUGAUAAAGUGAUUGAGGUCUGUCACAACACCUCGUCCAAUUCCCUGAGCCUGGUGCCUGUCCAGGAGGGGCCAACUCCUCCUGACUCCAGAAAUGAUCCCAGAGACUGCAGCAGUCAACAGGAAUACUUCCUUGUGUUCAUUGGCUGCUCCCUGAAGGAAGAGGAUAUCAAAGAUUGGCUCAGAGAAACUGCAAAACAGAAACCUCAGAGGAAAGCCCUGAAAACCAGAGGAAUGUUGACCCUUCAGGAAAUAAAGAACAUUCACGUGAAACGUCACUUGGACCCGCUCCCAGCUGGUUAUUUUUACAACGGGACUCAAUUUGUGAAUUUCUUUGGUGACAAAAUGGAUUUUCAUCCCUUAAUGGACCAAUUCAUGAACGAUUACCUGGAAGAAGCCAACAGGGAGAUCGAGAAGUACAACAGGGAGCUGGAGGAGCAAGAGUACCACGACCUCUUUGAGCAGAAGACAUAAAGCACGUGGGUCCUGGGGGUUUCCAAACCACCCUAAAUGCUCUUUGUCCUUGCUGGGUCACUAGAAUUUGAGGGAAUUGUCUGUUUGUUCAGCACUCCUUUCCAAACUAAGAGAUCAUUCCUGUAAGGUUGGCGUUUAACACGGGAUCUGCUUAGCUGUGUGUCCUGUCAGGUUUGCUUCCACUUCACCUUAAUUCCAGACUGUCCAAAGCAUCACCUGGAAUCUCUGGGGGGGUUGUGGGGACUUGUUCAAAAGAAGAACGAGAAGAAGAAGAAGAAAAAGAAGAAGAAAAGAAGCAAAACUUUAUUUAUUUCCUGUAGUUGGGAAUGUAAUCGUGGAAUUGGGCUUUGUGCAGAGAAUCAAACUGCUCUGGGUGUCCCUUGGAAUUUGUGGCACAGGAGCAUCAGUGAGCAGUGCUGGAUAUCAGGGUGUGGGAUUGGGGGUGUUCCCGAAGCCAGAAAUGGGGGAACACUUACUCAGAAAAGUCCCCAAUCCCACAGCUGUGGGGUGUUCCCAAAGUGAGAAAUGGGGGAACAUUGGGAAAAAUAUAGAAGAGUCCCCAGUCCCACAGCUUUUAGGUUGUUCCCAAAGUGAGAAAUGGGGGAACGAUUCAAAAACUUGGAAUCCCUAAUCCCACAGCUGUGGGGUGUUCCCAAAGUGAGAAAUGGGGGAACACUGGGA